AGCAGGAGGCAACGACGUGCAAAACCGUGCGAGUCUGAUCUGCUCGUGAAUGCGCACUGGGAAUCCGCUAUAUUAUUAGUGCUCCAGUGUAUUUGAGCUGACUCGUAGUGAAAUAUUCAGUUCACACUUGCGCUGGAUUGGAUCAACACAGUCUCGGGGAUAAAGUAAUUCACAAUGGAGUUUGGGUCUCUCACUCUUUAGGACGCGCAGUGUUACCGGAUGAGCGGAACAAACAUCAAUGUUUUCUUUUCCUUUUCCAUUGGAUUUUGGGAUUAUAUGCAGGUUUAUUUAUUAUCAGACAGAAUUGUUCGCUGAACACUGGAGGUGUGAUUUGUGUAACAGCGACAUGCUCCGUGCUUUUGUUGUACUUGUUUACACGGUAAUGUGCAUGUAAAUAAAUGGAAAGCUGUUUCCUUCUUAUCUAGUGGACUUACACACAGAAGUCCAGUAACCUUUGUAAGAAUGAGCUCCUUAGUGACCCAGACACCUCGAGAAACUCCAGAAUGCCCAUUGAGAUAGUAUAACCACAACCGGGACAAUAAAAACAAUGCACUAGUAGUUGCGUCUGAAGCUGAAUCGUCUGGGUUUUCCACGGAAAUAAACUCUUCCAUCUAUCUAUCUAUCUAAUCAGUCGACUAAACACUCAGGAUCCACAAUGGCUUUCUUUAAUUUUCGGAAAAUAUUCAAGCUCGGUCCAGAAAGGAAGAAAAGGCAGUAUGAACACGUCCGGAGAGACGUGAACCCCGAGGAAAGCUGGGAAAUUAUCGGAGAAUUAGGAGACGGAGCUUUCGGAAAAGUCUAUAAGGCUCAGAACAAGCAGUCGGGCAUUUUGGCUGCAGCGAAGGUGAUUGACACCAAGACAGAAGAUGAGCUGGAGGAUUACAUGGUGGAGAUUGAGAUACUGGCAUCUUGUAACCAUGACAACAUUGUCAAGCUUUUGGAUGCAUUCUAUUUUGAGAGCAAACUCUGGAUUCUGAUUGAGUUUUGUGCUGGAGGUGCUGUGGAUGCAGUGAUGCUGGAGCUGGAAAGGCCGCUGACCGAGCCGCAGAUCAGGGUGGUGUGUAAGCAGACCCUAGAAGCUUUGAUCUAUCUGCAUGAGAACAAAGUCAUCCACCGAGACCUGAAGGCUGGAAACAUUCUACUCACACUUGAUGGUCAAGUCAAACUUGCCGAUUUCGGGGUGUCUGCCAAAAACACUAAAACGCUCCAGAGACGAGACUCUUUCAUCGGCACCCCAUACUGGAUGGCGCCAGAAGUGGUGAUGUGCGAGACAUCAAAGGACAGGCCGUAUGAUUACAAGGCAGAUAUCUGGUCCCUCGGUGUCACCCUGAUUGAGAUGGCCCAGAUCGAGCCACCCAAUCACGAGAUGAAUCCCAUGAGGGUGCUGUUAAAAAUCGCCAAGGCCGACCCGCCCACUCUUUUGCAGCCCUCCAAAUGGUCUCCAGAGUUCAGUCACUUUCUAAGACAUGCUCUGGAUAAGAAUCUAGACAACAGAUGGAACGCAGCACAACUCCUUCAGCACCCAUUUGUGAGCAACGUUACUGAUAGCAAACCACUCCGAGAGCUGAUAGCUGAAGCCAAAGCUGAAGUCACGGAGGAGAUCGAGGAGUCGAAGGACGACGAAGAGGAGGACGAUCACGAGGGACAGCUGCUGCUUCCUGGACACAAGCGUGCUUCAUCUGACAUCAGUAUCGGAAGCUCCGAGGAUGAAAAACUUUCUCAGUCACCUUCAACUUUGGAAGCCGUUCCAGAAAAAAAUGAAGAAUUUCUCAUUCCCAAGAACACAGAUAUGGAUCUUAGUAACAACCAGACGACUGAACCUGAUAUUUCCAAACUGGAACUGAACCACAUCCCAGAUGUACCAAAACCACCUGCUGAAGAACCUGCAAAGGAAUCAGCUUCCAACAUGAAACCUCAGGAGCAAGAAGAUAACAAGAACACUACAGAAAUUAAGCCAGAAACUACGCAAACUAUACUGAAGCCACAAGAGGACAUGAAACACAUGGAGCCAGAUGUUGAUAAUGUGAUUCAGAGCAUGAAGGAUGAGCUCAAACCUCAGAAUUCCAUCAAGCAGGUUGAGAAAGCUGGUUCAGAGCCUGAGGAGAAACCUACACCUCUGACUUCUCCCGUGAAAGAAGAGGGUAAAGGUGAAGCAGAGAACAAGAAACCUCCAGAGAAUGAAAGUCCUGCGAAGCCCAGAUUUCAGAAGAAAGUCUCUGGAAGUGGGUCAGCAGUAGAUACCAACAGUGUGGACCUAAACCUGUCCAUCUCUAGCUUCAUAAACAAAUCCAAAGAGUCAGGAUCUAUAUCUGUACAGGAAAGGAAGCGGCAGAAGAAAACCCUGAAAAAAACCCGCAAGUUUAUCGUAGACGGCGUAGAGGUUAGCGUAACGACGUCCAAGAUCGUCACAGAUAAUGACACCAAAAGCGAGGAGAUGAGGUUCCUAAGACGUCAAGAGUUAAGAGAGCUGAGGCUGUUGCAGAAAGAGGAGCAGAGAGCCCAGCAGCAGCUCAGCAACAAGCUGCAGCAGCAGAAGGAGCAGAUCUCUAAACGCUUCGAGCAGGAGACCACGACCAAGAGGCGCCAGUACGACACAGAGGUGGAGAACAUGGAGCGGCAGCAGAAGCAGACUAUCGAGCGACUCGAACAAGAACACACCAACCACCUCCGCGACGAGGCCAAGAGGAUCAAAGGCGAGCAGGAUAAGGAGCUGUCGAAGUUCCAAAACAUGCUCAAGAACCGCAAGAAGGAGGAGCAAGAGUUCUUGCAGAAACAGCAGCAGGAACUGGACGGCUCUCUGAAAAAGAUUAUCCAGCAGCACAAGCGUGAGCUGGCCACCGUGGAAAGAGACUGCCUCAACCACAAACAGCAGCUGCUCCGAGCAAGGGAGGCAGCCAUGUGGGAGCUAGAGGAGCGCCAUCUACAGGAGAAACACCAACUGUUCAAGCAGCAGCUCAAGGACCAGUAUUUCAUGCAGAGGCACCAGCUACUCAAACGACACGAGAAGGAAAUGGAGCAGAUGCACAGAUAUAACCAGCGAAUGGUGGAAGAAAUGAAGACCAAACAAACCCAAGAGAGAACCAGACUUCCCAAGAUCCAGCGCAGUGAAGCUAAAACACGCAUGGCCAUGUUUAAGAAGAGCUUGCGUAUCGGUUCGCCCGGGCUCAACCCCGAACUGGAGAGGGAAAAGAUCAAACAGUUUGCAGCCCAGGAGGAGAAGAGGCAGAAGAAUGAGAGACUUCAUCAGCAUCAGAAACAUGAGAACCAGAUGAGAGACUUGCAGUUGCAGUGUGACGCCAAUGUUAGAGAGCUGCAGCAGUUGCAGAAUGAGAAAUGCCACCUGCUCAUCGAACAUGAGACACAGAAGUUGAAGGAACUGGAUGAGGAACACAGCGCCGAGCUAAAGGACUGGAGGGAGAAACUGCGGCCCAGGAAAAAGAUGUUAGAGGAGGAGUUUGCACGGAAGAUUCAAGAACAGGAAAUUUUCUUCAAGAUGACCGGAGAGUCUGAGUGCCUUAACCCGUCCACCCAGAGCCGCAUCUCCAAGUUCUACCCUGUCCCUACUGUCCACUCCACCGGGUUUUAACACACAUAUAUAUGUAUGUAUUACUCAAUUAAGACUCUUCUGUAAAGGCAUUAUGUAUCUACACCCUACAUUCUGUACAUUGCUGUAUUUUAGGAUAUGAAUCUACAUGAAUCUUUGCCCGUUUCCAGUGCAGGGGGUCACUUUAUAUUUAUAUAAAAGUUUUGCCCCUACUAGUUCUGUGAAAGCCCUGACGAAUUCACACAGUGUACACUAAUGCGUUUGUCUUUGUACGACGGUUAAUGUUUCACUUCUCGUUGGUUAACUAUUAAUUCAGUGGUUUUAGUGUCUAGACAAUAUGACUCAAAGCUGGCGUUUAUGUAAAUUUCCAUAACCCCCUGUCACUAAACUGUUAAAGGACACUAGAAGGUUUAAACGAAGACGUAGUCUAUAAUGUAGGAUGUGAUUAGGAUGACAGGUGAUUGAUUUCAAUUUCAAAAACGCAAUGCGUUACAAUGAAGGAACGAACACUUUUCAGUUCCACCUCCUGCCUAACGUGACUGUAAGUGUAUUUUCUUUUUAGUUGUGUUUUACUGUAUAUUCAAAGCGGCAGCGGUUUUCUAGUGAUCAAAAACUGACGUGAACUUGAAGCUGAUGGAUAUCACUGUGGUAUGAAAAAGUGUGUCACGCACUUUUGAAGAAAAAUAUGCAAUAUAAGCGUUUCAGCUUUGACACGUUAAGGUGCACUGUGUCUGAUUUGUGUUUUUAAAGACUCCUUGCUGUUAAUUAUCCCUAGAAAGCAUAUUUUUGUAGUCGACUUUUUUAUAGACUACACUAAACGUUUUUCUGAUCCGUGCUAACGAUCUGUCUGAGAACAUAUUUUCAGUUAUCCAUCCAUUUUCUAUACCCACUUUAUUCCUAAUUAGGGUCACGGGGGUCUGCUUGAGCCUAUCCCAGCGCACAUUGGGCGAAAGGCAGGGGGACACCCUGGACAGGUCACCAGUCCAUCAUAGGGCUACAUAUAGACAGACAACCACACACACAUGGGCAAUUUAGAAUUACCAAUCAAAUACAUGUUUUUGGACUGUGGGAGGAAACCGGAUUACCCGGAGUAAACAUGCAAACUCCACACAGAAAGGCCCCUGCCUGUUCGAACCCAGGAUUCAAACCCAGGACCUUCUUGCUGUGAGGCAACAGUGCUAACCACUAAUCUACCAUGCUGCCAUAUUUUCAGUUAUAAUUUCUGAAAUUCUGAAUGAAUUUAUGAUUAAGUUAUAGCCGUACUUUUUUUUAGAUAGAAAUGUCGUAAUUUGAAGGUUCGGUGCUUGUUUUCUGUAGCGAGGAAUAAAUUAGCUGGUGAGGGUGAGAAAGCGCUGCGCAUUUUCUACAAACCGAUGACUUUGUAAGAACAAUUUUAAUCAGAUAAACAUUUUUGAAGUUCUAUAGAAUAAGGGAAGACUUCCUGCCCUUUUAUACUAUUAAUUAUUAGUAAAUAUUUCACUGUCUAGCUAGUGGUAGCAUUUUUUUUGCUAGAAAUUUGCUUCAGCUAUCAUACUAGACCUAGCAAUCAUUUUACUAAGGUAAGCAUGGAAUUAACAAUUAGCAUGAAGGAAAUUUGUAAUCAUUCUGACCUAAAUAUAAAAUAUGUAGGAAAAAGUCAAGGCGAUUUUGUUAAAAAAUGUAGCGUUACACAUUUUGUUGAAUGUAUUUCCCUUUUGUGAUAUUUUUAUUAUUAUUACAAAAAGCACACUCUUAAAGAACGAGCCUUUCCCCAUUCUCCCUUACGUCCUACCUUAUGGUCAGGUUUUUUUCCCCCCAAGUAUACAUCCAGUUCAUUUGUUUCAUAAUGUUUCUCUGUCAUUUUUUUAGUGUAUAAUGUAUUCAUGUCAGUGUUUGUGAUUUAAAAACAAAGUCCAAUGUUGGUUUGCUGUAAAGAUCUGAUAAUUAAAUCAUUUGUUGCAAAUCUCAA